UAGCGCGGCGGGGGCGGCGGGCGAUAGACGGCGGUUGCCUAUCGGCCGGCGAAGCAAGAGACUUUGUCUAAAAAACUUUAAAAUUAAAAAAUAAAAGCGAAAUAGACAGCAAAAGAGGAGGAGACGGUGUCCGCGAAACCAGCGAAAUUGGGCUAAGACCAUGCCCAUGCAUCUGGCCAACUUUUCUGUAACAUUAUAGGCCAAAUUGUAGGAAGAGGAAGAGGAGGAGGCUUAUAAAUUAUGGAGCUACGCGAAUUGCGCGGUGGAAAUGGAGGAAAUGGAGGAAAUGGAGGAGGAGCAGGUGCACCUGGAGCACCAGGAUCCUCUGGCAAUGGAGCCCCCAGUCCCGAGCUCGGUGACAUAUGCAUUGGAGGCGCCGCCGGUGGACAACGGAUGCCCACCAAAGCGGAUAUAUUUAUGGAGCAACUGAACGCGACCAAUGCCAAAAAGGUGGCUCUUCUCUUGGUCCUCGGAUUCAUCGUAUAUCACGGCCUGCUCAAUUGGAAUUAUGGCAGUGACUCCUGCCAGUGGCUGCUGUCCAAGGGCCGUUUCAAGGGCGACAACGAGUGGCAGCCGUACGGCUGCAUGGUGCACAAGUACUCCCUCACCGAUACCCGGCGCUGUUUGCGUUACUUGGCCUUCUUCGACAACAAGAACAACUUUGUGUUCAUUGGCGACGAGAGUGUGCGGCUGCUCUACGAGCGAUUUGUGGAGCAACUGCGACUACCGUUGGCCGCAGACGAGGUGCCAGAUGACGAGGACAACAACGCCUCGGUGACGGACGGUUCUGCCCGUUUCGAGGACAAGAAACUGCACAUGCUGGCCCAGUACAUUCGGGCGGACGAGGUAAGUCCGACGCUGGUGGAGCAGCUGUACCGUCUGGAGGCCGAGAAGCAGUUGUCCUCCGUGUACGUGGUGGGUUUCACCUAUGCCAGUCUGCUGGCCGGCAACACCACCGACGAUGUGUUGCGCCAGUAUGCCGCCAAUCUCACCCUUCUGGUUGCCCCAUUCCAUCGCCUGGUGGCUCAAACAUCGCGUGUCCUUUGGAAGCUGGCCGAUCGCGUGGACGAGGAGAAAUUACCGGCGCAUUGGAAGCUACUGCAGAACGAGCACAUCGAUCGCUUGAAUCAUGUGGCCAGGGGUGUUUUCCGCUACACGGAGGCCAGCGUUUGGGAGUCCGCCUGGCACAUAGCCAACGGCCUGCUCGACAACGCCGUCGAUGGCCAUCAACUGUGCGCCCAUGGCCAGCGGCUGGAGGUUCAGCUGCUGUGGAACAUGUACUGCAACGACUAUAUGAACUACAAUGACGGCACCUGCUGCAGCAGCGCCGAGCCGCACACCACGCUGCAAAUAGUGGCCUACGCCCUGUUUGGCGUCUGCAUGACCCUCGUGUGCGGGAUGUGCCUGCGCAGAUGGCUGCUCCAUCUGCGUGGCCAGACCCUGUAUGUGCCAUUGCAGCAGCAACAGCAGCAGCAUCAGCAUCUGCACCAGCAGCAAUCCAACGGAGGAGCACCUAGCAAUGCCUUAUCCGCCCUGAUGACCGACUAUGGCACACCCAUGGUGGCACUAUCACUGCUUGGCCUUAUUCUGGCCUAUUUCUACCUCUGCGAUCGCACCAAUUUCUUUAUGAAAGAGAACAAAUACUACUCGGAGUUCAGCUUCUGGAUACCGGUGGGCUAUGUCUUCGCAUUGGGCCUGUUCUUCACGGAGGACUCGAGGUUCACCAAAGUCCUGAACCGAGACCAGACGGACGAGCUGCGUGGCUGGAUACUGCUGGUAGUGCUGAUAUACUAUAUGACCGGAGCCCAGCGAGUGCUGCCCAUUCACAUGCACAUCAAGCUGCUAAUCUCCGGCUACUUCUUCCUCACCGGCUACACACACUUCACGCACAUGUGGCAAACGGGCGGCAAUGGAUCGCUGUUCGUGCGCUUCUUUCAGGCCAUGUUCCGCGCGAACUUUCUCAGUGUGCUGCUGUGCUUCUGCAUGAACAGGCCCUAUCAGUUCUAUUACUUUGUGCCACUGCUCUCGUUCUGGCUGUGCGUUGUCUACUUUGUGCUGGCGCUGCCGCCACGGAUAUCCUCGGCCUCUGUGGACGCCAAUCCGCUGCACUACCUGUAUCUGGUGUGCAAGUGCAUUGGCUGCCUGGGCGGCAUCACGGUGCUCUUUAUGUCGGAGGUGUUCUUCGAGCGCAUCUUCGUGACGCGACCCUGGAAGGCGCUGUUCGUGACGACGGACGACGACCUGCAUGAGUGGUGGCAUCAGUGGAAACUGGACCGGUAUACGGUGGCCUUUGGCAUGAUCUAUGCCGCCUGCUUUCACAUCGCCCAGAAGUACAAUGUGUUCGACGACAACAACCAUGGGAAUCUGUUCUCGCGGAGAACCUCCAUAUCGGUCACAUUGCUGGCACUGCUGGGCGUUGGCGUGUACACCUCGUUCUCGUUCCUCUGCCGCAACGUGCAGAACUGCGAGGAGAUCCACUCGUACAUCCUGUUCAUCCCGAUUGUCGGCUAUGUGGUCCUGAGGAACAUCUCGGGCAUCCUGCGCACCCGCUACUCGGCGUUCUUCGCCUGGUUUGGCCGCAUCUCGCUGGAGCUGUUCGUCUGCCAGUAUCACAUUUGGCUGGCCGCCGACCGACAUGGGGUUCUGGUCCUGCUGCCCGGCUUCCCCACGCUCAACAUGAUCAUCACGUCGUUCAUCUUUGUGUGCGCCUCGCACGAGGUGCACCGGCUCACCCAAAUCCUGCUGCCCUAUGCCGUGCCCAGCGACUGGCGCCUGGUCAUGCGCAACUUCGUCAUCUUUCUCAUCGUGCUCAUACCCGUCGCCCGGUCGGACGGUAUGUUCUGAUCGAUCACCCGAUCCGAUCCUGAGCGAUCUGCAAUCUAAUUGCCGCCCAGUUAUAGACCCCAAAGUAUUCGAUAGAUAGCAGCCCGCCCAUUCGGCAAAAAGAAAUAAGUGCGAACACACGAGUGUGUAACUCAGGGUGGAUCGGUUUUAAACGCAAGCUCAGAGUUCUAAAAUCACUUUGCAAUAUCUCAAUUCUUAACAAAGGAUAUUUAACUUUAUAGGACCAUAGGUCAAAUAUUUGCUUUCAUUUUUCAAUAAGAAAACCACACGUAAAUUCAAUUAUAUAAGUUCGUGUGAUCAAAAAAGUCAAAACUCUUUUUAAACUCCUUAAUAUAAUAAAGCAAUAAAUUUUAUAUAUGCUUCUACUUCUAUUUGCAUUUGUUAAAAUCGAGCCACCCUAGCUUAUAUAGUGCGUGUCAUAGCUAUAAGAAGUUAUUUCUCGUAACUGGAACUUAAACUUACCUUAAACAAUAUCUCCAUUUGCUAAAACGUAUAUUAAGCGACCUUAAUUUUUUGAUUGAUACAUUUUCAUUUUGCGAACUUAUAUUUUCCAAUGUUAUCAAAAUGUAUUUAGAAAGCAAAUUAAACUCGGACCUAGUUUAUUAUAAUUAAGUUUACUCGAAACAUAGUUACCUUAAUUCGAUUUAAUUUGUAAGAUGACAGCUCCCAAAUAUUCUUUGUAUAUUUUUUAAGCAACUUUGUUAAGAGGAUUAUGGCUUUAACUUAACUGCGCAAUAUUCUUAUGGUUCUGAAACGCACUGUAGACACACAUUUAUAUUUAUAGGGAUAACUUAGCUUUAAUUAAAUUUCGCACAAAUUACUUAACAACUCACUCAGCCACACAAAAAACAAACUCACUCAAACACAAGCAGCGGCAAACCAAAUGUAUGUAUAGAGCAAGAGAAUAAAGCAAUGGAUAUAUACUUAUUUGACACACUGUAAGCCACCGGGCGGAAUUCAUCGUCUGGGAAAUUUACCACAAUUUUCACACAAAAAAAAAAAACCACCAACUUUGGACUGGUGGCCACUAAACCCGGCCAUCCUUUAACUUUUUCGCGGGCACAGGAUUGCAGGGAUUGCGCUAAUUGACACGCUGCAAACAACCUGCAAAGCAAGUUUAAGCUGCAUGGAGCGAAAUAAUCGACUGUGAAAACGCAGGUGAUGGCGAUGUUUACGUUCCAUGUAUUCAACUCGUGAAAGUAAAAAGAGUUGUGUCCCCUCAGGAUGUGUGAAUGUGGAUAAGGAUGAGGAUGUGGAUGUGGAUGAGGGGAGAAGCAGUAGGAUUGAAACUACGACAUUUCCACGUGUCUCCAAAGUUUACAUAUCAGUAAAACAUAUGUACUUACGAAAAUACAAAGUGUAAACCAUCAGAAUCAAUCAAAAUUUUGGAAAUCGACGUCGAAGUUAACCAUCAACGAAGGAAUCGAAGAACUCUCAAAUCAAAAUCUAACCGUUGGCGAAAUAAAUAAAUAAAUAAAUCUAUGGGAAUCAAAAUAAAGAUCAGAAUUUGAUCAUACCAUCCUCUGAAUAGAAAUUUUAAUCGAGUAGCAAGUAUAUUAUAUAUUAUCACAGUAAUCAAUCAAAUUAUUGUUGUUAAUAUCAUUAUUUAUUCUCUAAAAAUAAUAUUCUAAGUUAAGUCUGCAAAAUCUUUAUGAUUGUGACUUUAAGAAAUCAAAACCGAUCACAAUAUACAAAUAUAAUUCAAACUUUAUUCACACACAUUCAAGAAAAAUAUAAAUUUAUUAAUGUUCCAAGUUAAAAUCGAUCCAAGAAGAUCAAAAAAAUUUAUACAAUUUAGCUUCGUGUUUGGUGUACUCGAUCACUGAAAUCUAAUUGAUCAAGAGUAUUGAAUAGAAACACCAAAUCGAACUUACUUCUAUACAAUCACAUACAACCAAUUCAUUAAAAAAAAACAUUUGAGGAAAGCUAUUGAAAGUACGCUGAUUAUUUUUAAGAAAAAUCAAAAAAGUAUUUAAGAGAACAACUAUUUAAAUGUAAUUAUUAAUUUACAUUUACCUUGAAACCAAUGCAAAAACUAAAAGAACUUAAAAAUGCACCCUAUACUUGAUCGUUACUACAGGGAUCGAUAUCAGAUUAAACUGAUAACCCGAUAUUUGAUCGAGCUGCUUCGAUUAAAAAAGAAUACCAAGCGAAAUUCUGAAUUAUCGGAGUAAAUGGUGAAGAUUUUGAAAUCCGAUUGGGACGAUCGUUUCUCGAAGACAUCGAUUUAGAAACUAUUUCAAUAUCGAGAUUCUAAACCCGAAAAUAUGAAAUUAAUCGAUCAAAACUAUCGAAUUUAAUUGAAUCGAUACAGAAUCGAAGAAAUCUAUAUUACACCCCAAACAACUGUACAUUAUUAAUAUGCAGACUUGAAGAUUGAAUAUUGAAAAAAAAAUCAGAUCGAAUCUAAAACCAAACCCAAUAUAAAUACAAACUAUAAAACCUAAUUAAAUUGAGACGAUAUUUUAUCAAAAAUAUCGAAAUCGAACGUUGUAAAAUCACCCGCUUAAAGACACUUAUACCGCGAUCGCGUGUCGAAGCUAUGCCGAUAUAUGUUAUUAAAACUGAACUCUAAGGACCUAAAGCCAGGAAUGUUCUCCACGAGGGUUCGGAACCAAAGGGUACAUGUGAUCUAAGGACAUCACCACUAACAG